AGAAGGGCCUUCAGGUUGCUGGUUACCCACGGUUUGUUGUUUGGGUAGCAUCGGACCUCCUUGGAGGGGAUGGAGUUGUCAAUGCAGAACCUAAUGUACUCAGGGACACAGUAAGGCCAUCAAUGUCCUCCCCAUGUGGCUCAUACAGAGCAUCCCAGUCGGUGGCCUCCAGCGCUCCACGCAGUGUUUCUAUGACCAUUUCCUCAGAUGAUCUGUGAGAACAGCAGGUUCCUCUAACUCCUGGUGGAAUUUGCAAGAACGAAAACAACCAAUAAGAGCCAAGAAAGAUAGUUGAUUACAUACAUUAAAUACAGAUGCUUUGGAACCCUGGGAAUGAGACUCAAUUAACUAUCUUCAAGCCUCCGACCCAAAGUGUCGUUAUAUCUUUCUCGGCUCUGAUUGGUUGUUUUUGUUCAGGUAAUGAAACCAAUGGUUUUAUUGUUUUGUAGGACAGCCUUCUUUUAUGCCAGAAGGCUGUCAGCAGGACACUGCUGAGGCUGAGGUGUCCUCACCAGUCAGUCCACUGACUGAACAUCACACAGCUGGUGUAGACGGACAAACCAACCAGAGUACAGUGACCUGCAGUCCAGACAGUGUGGUCAGAGACCCAGAAGUCAUCUAUGAUGACGUGCCUGCUGAGAACCCACAGCACCCAGUGGUAGAUGUUGAUGACAUCUAUGAAGACAUCCAGAGACCUGAUCACUGUGGCUCCAACGGCUGGAGCUCCAGUGAGUUUGAGAGUUAUGAUGAGCUGUCAGACAUUGAAACUGUUCCUGUAGCCCUCAGCAGCAGCAAGCUGCCUGCUGAUGUGCUCAGCCUGAAGGCGCGUUGUGCUGUCACCAGGAGGGAAUUGGCGGUGCGUCUCAGUUCACCUCAUGUUGCUCACAUCAGACAGAGCUGUGACACCAAGGUUCAGCAGCUGAUGAAAGCAGCAAAGAAUGGUACCAAGGACAGUUUAGAAAAGACAAAGUUAGCCAUGAUUCGCAAAGUGUCUUUCCUGCAGAGAAAAGACUCAGCAGGAGAGGGAAAGGAUGAUGCAGGUUACAUGAAUGUGUCUGUGUGUGAGUUAAGGCACCCUCCACCACAACUCUGCCCCAUGCCAGAGGGGCUCAGCAGUCAGCAGGUUGUCAGACGUCUCAUCCUCAGCUCCAUCGUGCAGAGUGAGAGCAGCUACCUGGACUCUCUCAAGAGAAUCCUCCAGGUGAGUCGCACCUCUCCUCAGAUAACGGCCUUGUUUCUUUGGGAGAAACUCGAUGUGAUGUCUGGGCUGUCCAAGUGCAAGCAAACACAAAAACAUCCUCACUCGGACGAGCAUAUGGACACAGAGCAGAUAUGCUUCACAGCUUGA